AUGAGUACACCUACUAGAGUCACUACACAAUUAUCUUCUUCAAAGCAUAAACAUGUAGAAGAACUGCUUCCAGAAUUCCAAAAAUCUGAUAGUUCAGAAAGUGAUGAUUUUGAAAAUAAAUAUUUGAAUAGCAAUGAUAAUAAUGGUUCUGAAAAUGAUAAUAAUAGCAUAUCUAGUAAAACAGAUGAAAAGCAUAGUAAUAGAUCAA